AUGUCUUCUACUACUUUGCGCGCCAUCACGCAUCGCCUGACAACUACUCCGGUCGAGCAAUUACCCUCGAUAGCUUCGUUCCUGGCGACUUCAUUGAACGAUUGCGCUGAGCUGCUCUCUACCCCUCAAACUCAAAAAUCUGGCAAAUCGGACUCUGAAAAUGCUAUUCAAAUUCAUAAACUGAAGACUAGACUAGCGAGUCUGUUACAGGACCGCAGUGUUGAGGGAAGAUGGACCGCCGUUGUUCUGGUAAAGGCUACAGUCGAAGCUGGCCAAUGGGAAAUCCUGCGUGGCUAUGAGCCUAUUGUUCGCAGCUUGAUCAGCAUCCUCGCAAAACCUGAUCCGAUAUCUACGAGAAAGAUGUGUAUUAUCACACUAACUCGUAUUUUCCACCUCACUUAUCAGUACCCAACACUUGUUCGUGAGAUCACAACCCCACAACUUCCGGGAUUCGUUACCGCUGCCUUGAACUUGGUCUCUACCAUCACGAAGACUCCUUCGGGCUCAAUCCGACAGCCGAGGCCCAACACCCCAUUCAUGGAAAUUGUCCUGCACGCCUUGCUGGAAUUGAUCCCGAGACAUAUCACCAUCUUCCGUCCCUUUAAUGCCCAGCUCCGAACUCUUCUCGCCGAAGUAAUUGGCUCUUCUUCGCCUGCGUAUUUUCCGGAGCAUGUGAUCGACGCAGCUGAGCAGCUGCUCGUCUCUCUCCACAAGUGCGCACCCAAGGACCAGGCGGGAUCUGGAUGGAAAGACGAUUGCAAGUCGACUAUUUUGUCUAUCCACCGAACGACAGACCACGUUUUCCGAGCCGUCGUAGAGCAGUGGGAGUCUGUCGAUGCGACUCUAGUGCACACACGGCCAAACUAUAGCCAAGAAAUGGGUGACGGGGGCCCAGAUGGUCUUGGACUUCCAGGCUGGAGCGGACUGCACUCGGGCGUGGAUAGAUUGAUUGCACUUCUGCAGAUUCUCUCUGAUUUCAUCUCAAUGCCAUCUGCAGCUGCAGUUGCCCUUCCGAUGGGCUCUAUUCUCGAUUUAACCUCCCGACUCACUUCUGUUACUGUUCCACCCAAUGGUGCCGCAUCUUCUGGCAUUCAGUUCAACCAGGAAAUUGGCCGUGACGAGCGAGAGGCACUUUGGAUGGAGCUGCCUCGCAUUCACAUUGCAUGCAUGGGUUUGCUUUCCAACGUUGUCGGUAUAUUGGCGACCAGCGCAACCUCCGUCACGCAAACUAUACUAGAGCAAGCUGUGUGGACUUUUAAAGGCGAAAAGUUCAAUAGAGACCUACGUUCAGCAGUCUAUGCUUUGCUUCGCUCUAUGGUGCCGGUCAACGGACCUGCCAUGACGAAACAGAGCGUGGUGUCUUUGACAAACGUCUUACGCUCAUGCUGCAAUGAUAUACUGUCGUCGACUGAAGAUUCCAGCUCUACAGGAAAUCUGGGCUCUGACUCUAAAGCAAAGUCAAAGGGCGGACAAGGGACAGCCAAUGCGGAUACCUUUUUGAACCCUGAUAUUCAGAAAUUCCGCCAGCCACAAGCGGCCUCUCCGUUUUUGGAAAUUCAGCAGAAUGCAUCUGGGCUUUUGCAGGCCGUGCUCCUUUCUAUCCCCGCCGAGCUUGUUCCGCCCUCCAUCCGGGUUGAAAUGGACCGCUCCGUUAUUUUGACAUCCGACAAGGAUGCGAUGUUUGCUAGCGUACUCAACCCUGUCCCGGCAGUCAAGGGCCGUGGGGCAGGCUCGAGUAUCAUUCCAUUCUUGACCAGGCCUUAUGCUGAUCAGAUGGAGGUGGAGGCUCUGGUUCGUCCCAGGAUGCCUGUCCUGAUGACUGCGCCUGAGCUUGACGCCUAUGUCGAUGAAGACGAAGAAGCAGAAGAUGAGGACAUGGCUGAUGAUUCAUACAACGCCGCCCCAAAGACUACCGAAUUUCUGAAGCAACCUGUGUCGGUGCCCUUGCAAGUACCGAAGCCGGACGAUUCGAAGGCUGCAACUCCGGUGCCUACUUUCCACAAGCGGACCUAUACCGAAGAACCCACAGCUGAGGAGUCAACACCACAGACGCAGGAUGUUCAGUCCAAGAAGGCGCGAUUCGACGGAAUUAUCCCAAACACCUCGAACCCACAGCCUUUCUCUCAGCCAGCUCCUGCAAUCAGCAAGACUGAGGCCCCGAAGCUUUCAACGCAGGUGUCCACCACAUCUACGACCCUGAUCUCGCAGGCCACAGAGGAGGCAGUUGAUGAUAGCGAUGAUGAAUUGCCCACUUUGAAUAUUGAAUCUGACACCGACGAAGAGGAUGACGAUGUUACAAUGGACGGGUAG